AUGGCGGCUGGUCCAGCGGGGAGUUUUCCAACACAGAUGAUGAUGAAUAUAUUCCCAAAAUUGAGCCGUCUUAGCAAGGAGCUGGGUCUACGCGAGGGUGAUCUAGUGGAGGUCCUGAGCGUGGGGACCAACGGAUGGUGGUACGCCAAGCACCUGACGUCAUACCUGGAGGGGUGGGUCCCAUCAACAUACCUGGAGUCAACACGACGUACGCUGCCAUCAGAUUCAAGCACAGAAUCUCUGAUGCCAGGUCAAAAGGAGAUUUACAAUAGUCGGUCAAGUCUUACAAGUGGCACAGCAUCAACCACAAGUCCUGUCGAAACCACAGUUUAAUGAACAACAAUGGAGUCAUUGAA